CGUAGUUUACUUAUUUCCCUCUUCGUCACUGUGCUCCCAUGCUUCAAGCGAGUGGACGGCGCGUCCGACGAACUGGCAGUUUCAGUCAAACUUCGACGCGUGGCGGACGUUUCGUUGUGGAUCUUCAAAAUUUCGUUUGUCCAAAUUGCAGUAAUUCCAAUGAAACGUCUAAAAACAUUGCAUCGAUCGAUACGAUUCACUGGAAACUCGAUACAAAAGGGAAUUACAAAAUUCGAUCAUCGGACACUUCAUUCAAUCACUUCCCUCGAACAAAAGUUUUCACACGAAAUUUCUACAAACGUCCAGACUCUCGUGGAAAAGUAGCAACAACCGGUCAAGAUUCAGAAAAAGAAGAAGCAAAAUUUAUUACCGGAAGGAUGGUACUGUCGACGUCGCGAAACCGCCAAUCGACAGGCGGAAAAAGAACGGACACGUGAUUGGACGAAUCGUGCGUUCCUCGAUGGUCAGAGAAUAAUAAACCCGCUAAGGAUAGUGGGAGGAAGGAAAUUAGAAUGUUGUAGUGGGAGUGAAAGUUUUUUAAUAAUUGAGCUUUAAAACACCCCAGUUGUCGUUGGAAUAAAAGCACAGUCGAGCCACGUGCCGUGCACUUGUCGAAUCGAUGACCGUUACGCGUUGCAAUUUCUCGAGAUAACGGAACAACAACGAUUAUUAAUUAUUAUUCUUGACGCUUAGACAAUUGAAAACUUUGGAAUUAUUCGCACACGAGGAUUAUUAGAUAUUGCGUAAAAAGUUCAUUCAAUGACCUCGAACAAUCCGUGGAUUAUAGUAAAUAUUUUGAAACACGCGCAUCUACGUAGAAGAAGCAAAUUUAAUAUUAUUCGCGCCAAAUUGCUUUGAUAUAUUAAUUGAAACGUUUAUGGAGGAUAAACGGAAAGCCACGUAAACGAAACUUGAUGCAAUAUACUUUGGUUGAAAAUCAAAGUUUGAUGACACGUUGGAAGGAAAAAAGUUGACUGUGAUUUCUUGUUACGCGUUUACGACGACUUAAGAUGGUUGAUAAUAGUAAUAGUAAUAACGAAUGCUGGAUAUUCGGAUACGGAUCCUUGUGCUGGCAUCCAGGAUUCGAGUACAAGAGAAGCAUGAUAGGACACGUGAAGGGCUUCUCGAGACGAUUUUGGCAAGGCAAUACAACUCAUCGCGGUACUGCCGAAAAACCUGGGCGCGUGGCCACGCUGGUAGAAGAAACAGAGGGUAUUGUUUAUGGACGAGCGUUUCAAGUUCAGGACAACACAGCGCUACCAUAUUUGAAGAAUCGCGAGUGCACAUUGGGGGGAUACGUCACGACGUUGUCAACGUUCUACAGUCGUGACGGGAAUAAAGACGUAACCGCGAUCAUUUUCAUUGCCACCUGUAAAAACGAACAAUGGCUCGGAGAGGCACCACUUAACAGCAUUGCCACGCAAAUUUCCGAGUGUUCUGGUCCAAGCGGACAUAACGUCGAAUAUCUUUUAAGAUUAGCGGAAUUUAUGCAUCGUUAUCUACCGGAAGCUCAAGACGAGCACCUAUUUACUCUGGAAUUGUUAGUGCGCUCGCGGAUAAAAGAGGAAAAUAUGUGCCUGAGGUUCCUGAUGGGUGACCAAAAUUUCAACAUAGAUUUCGAUAACGAAGAAAUGGACAUUAGCGACGAAGAUGAGUUGGAUGAGGACGACGACGCGAACAAUCUUAGAGAGAAUACGUUCCAAUUUAUCUUAAGAGUACCUGACAAGACUUUGCGCUGCCUCAAAAUGUAGUUCACGCGCGCAAUGUCAAUACUUAUCGAUUAUUUGGACCAUUUAGGGAUACGACAGAAACAAUUUCACGAAAAGAGUAUAGGAGAUGUUUUGUACCGUCUUUCGUAAAUAUUUAUAUGUCAAAGAUUGCGUAUCAUCUGAGAACAACGAACUGACUAGAAAAAAAACAAAAUACUUUGUUCUCAGACGCUUUCAGCUGCUGUACAAAUUAUGUUUUAAGAAUUACAGAAUGAUAUUUCGGCAGCUUCAACUUCGACUGAAUUAAAUAUAUUUUUGCACGCGUUGCUUUCAUUUUCGAAUGCGUCGUACACUAUUCGUCGCAUUCAUUUAUUCAUCGUUCAUUACGUAGUUGUACGAUUACAUAGAAUGACAAAUUUUGUACAUCUACGUGCGGAACUUUUGUGUGAUUGCGAAGUUAUUUGAAUACGAUAUCAUGUACGUGAUAACAUUAAAAGAAUUUUAUAUAAUUGUUGAAACCGACAAAGUAUAGGGUAAUAUAGAAAUGCAACUAAGAAACUACAAAGCUUAAAUUUAUCUGUUUGUAAUAUAUGAGGCUACAAAUUAGCAAGUAACUAUGCUGGAAUAAUCACUUCUUGCUUAAAUAUUGUCAGAAUAAACUGAGAUUUUAUAUGUUUCUGUAACGUUACCACGGAGUACUUCUACAGACGCAGAUAGAAGCGAAACUUGUUCGUUGCUCGUGGUAAUAUUAUAAAUACAUUUAAGAAAUAUAUACAAUUUCAUACA